AUGGCGCACGUUGAGGCCGCCGAGUUUCACGCGACCGUGUACGACAUCUGCCGCCUCAUCCCACAUGGUCGCGUCACGUCUUACGGGCACAUUGCACGGCUCGCCGGCUAUCCGGCGCACUCGCGCAUGGUCGGCGCUGCCAUGCGCCUCCUGGGCCCGUCGAAUGCCGUGCCGUGGCAGCGCGUGCUGAGCUCCUCGGGCGCCAUCUCGCCGCGCGGCGACGACGGCGGCGGCGCCCGGGCGCAGGCCGAGCGCCUGCGCGGCGAGGGCGUCGAGGUCAUCGAGCCGCCGGGCAUCAGCGCCUACCGCGUCUCGCUGGCGCCGGCGGCCGGCUAUGCCUGGUUCCCCGCAACGCUUGCCGAGGCGCGCGGCGAAGCCCCAGAGGAGCCGGCGGCGGAGGAUGAGGAUGAGGAUGAGGAUGAGGCAGCACCUGCGGUGAAGGAGGAGCACCCAGAGCCAGACGGCGCCGUGCAGGUCAAGGAAGAAGAAAAAGACGGCGGGCAGCGCUCUGGUCAGCAGCGCGCCACUGCCGGCGUCAAGCGGGAACAGGAGGAGCAGGGCGGGAGAAGUGGCUUGCGCAGGUCCGCCAGGCGGCGAUAAGGCGCAGCACACACACAGGCGGCGCAAUGCUAUGCUUUCUCAUUGCUGUCGCU